AUGGCUCAGAGUGAUCGGCUGGAGAAAAUCACCUGCUCCAUCUGUUUGGAUCUACUGAAGGUUCCAGUGACUAUUCCCUGUGGACACAGCUACUGUAUGAACUGUAUUAAAGUCUUCUGGGAUGGAGACGAUCAGAGGAGGAUCAACAGCUGCCCUCAGUGCAGGGAACAAUUUAUUAGAAGACCUGUCUUAAAAAAAAACACAAUGUUAGCAGAGUUAGUGGAGGAUCUGAAGACGACUGGACUACAGGCUGCUGCAGCUGAUCACUGCUAUGCUGGACCUGAAGAUGUGGCCUGUGAUGUCUGCACUGGGAGGAAAAGGAUAGCUGUCAAGUCCUGUUUAUCCUGCCCUGCUUCCUACUGUAAUGAUCACCUUCAGCCUCACUAUGAUGUCCCUGGACUGAAGAAGCACAAGCUGGUGGACCCCACCAUGAAGCUCCAGGAGAACAUCUGCUCUCGUCAUGAUGAGGUGAUGAAGAUCUUCUGUCGUACUGAUCAGCAGUGUAUCUGUUAUCUCUGCUUAAUGGAUGAACAUAAAGGCCAUGAAACAGUCCCAGCUGCAGCAGAAAGGACUGAGAAGCAGAAGGAGCUCCAGCAGAGACGACAACAGAUCCAGCAGAGAAUCCAGGACCAGGAGAAAGAUGUGAAGCUGCUUCAACAGGAGGUGGAGGCCAUCAAUGGCUCUGCUGAUAAAGCAGUGGAGGACAAUGAGAAGGUCUUCACUGAUCUGAUCAAUCAGAUCCUUAAAAGAAGCUCUGAUGUGGAGCAGCAGAUCAGAUCCCAGCAGGAAACUGAAGUGAGUCGAGUCAAAGAGCUUCAGAAGAAGCUGGAGCAGGAGAUCACUGAGCUGAAGAGGAAAGAUGCUGAGCUGGAGAAGCUCUCAAUCACAGAGGAUCACACCCAGUUUCUCCACAACUACCCCUCACUGUCAGCACUCAGUGAGUCUACACACUCAUCCAGCAUCAAUAUUCGUCCUCUGAGAUACUUUGAGGAUGUGACAGCAGCUGUGUCAGAGCUCAGAGAGAAACUAGAGGACAUCCUGAGGGACACAUGGACAAACAUCUCACAAGCAGUCACUGAAGUGGAUGUUUUACUGGCAGAACCAGAACCAAAGACCAGAAUAACAAGGCUGGAGGAAGAAAUAGAUGAAGAAGAUGAGGAGGUAAAAGAAGAGUUAAAUUUCAAUCAUCCUGACAGAUUUACUGAUUAUAAACAGGUCCUGAGCAGAGAGAGUCUGACUGUACGCUGCUACUGGGAGGUAAAGUGGAGAGGAGAAGGGGGAAUCGGAGUAACAGUUUCAUACAAAAAUAUGAGAAAAGCAGGAGAGUUAGAUGAAUGCGAGUUUGAAUCAUAUGACAAAAAUUGGUCUUUAAUUUGUGAUACAGACAGUUACACAUUUUAUCACAACAAAGUUGAAACUCUAGUACCAGGUCCAGUUUCCUCCAGAAUAGGAGUGUAUCUGGAUCACAGAGCAGGUAUUCUGUGUUUCUACAGCGUCUCUGAAACCAUGACUCUCCUCCAUAGAGUCCAGACCACAUUCACUCAGCCUCUAUAUGCUGGAGUUUAUGUCUAUUAUGGAACCUCUGCUGAGUUCGUUAAACUGAAAUAG